UUCUGUUUAAUUUAACAACUCACGCCUAAUCUCCCUCACAGGGCAGAGCGGUCUCUCUCUCUCCCCAUCGUCGUCCUCCUCUUUCUCUGCGCUUCAUUUAUUACAGCUUUGUCUCUUCAUUUAUAAUAGCACUCUGUUUCUGUUUCUCUCCCCUGUUUUUACUCUCUCUCUAGCGAAAAGCAAUUGAUUAAUGAAACUGGCCUGUGGGGUUGAUCAAUGAACCUACACCAUUGGCCAGGUUCGUCCCAGAAACCACUCUCCCCUCUCUGUAUGGGUAGCUCACUGGUGAGUUCGUUCGCUGCUCUGUUCCGUACUCUGGGUGUCUGUUUUGCAAUUUACGGGAAGUGAACGUUCGGACGGAAUGUUCAGUUCUGAUUCCUGAAACAGAGAGAAGCGGAUCCUACCGGUACCUGUGCUUAAAACCCAGUAAUGGUUUUUGGUUGUUCUCGAUUACCCUUUUUUGGGGAAGAAUUUCUGCUGGGAAGGAUCCGCCAUUUUUGGUGCUUUACGUGUUUCCUUUCGUAACUAGUUUCGUUUUAAAGCUUAAAGACCCAUCUGAGCUGAGCUGUUUUUUUCUUCUCUGGGCUCGGCCUGUCUUCUUUUUCUUUUUGCAAUUUCUUGAGAUUUUUCUUUUAUUAUUAGUAUUAUUAUUAUUAUGAGUUUGAACUUUGGUCCGAUCAGAGGAAGCUGACAGAAAGGAUUGGCAGAUCCCACACCAAAAGGAGGAAGCAAUAUGACCAAAUAAAAAAUUCUGGGUUGGUGAUCAUUCCGCUGUUCGAAAGUUCCCUUGAAGCUUUCGAAAAAGUCCCCCAAAAAAAAAAAACCACCUUUGUUCCUGUCCUUUUCUAUGCCAAUAAUCCGAUUUGCACAGCUUCACCAUAUUAUCAGACAUUCGUCCGUGUGCUGAUCUUAGUUCAUCGAUCCGCACAUUCGCUUACGUGUUGGUUUUCUUGGUAUAUAAUCCAUCCCCCUUCAGUGUAAAUUUGAGCUCUCUUUAUCUUUUUCUCGGAAUUUCUGUGAGUGGAAUUGUCUUUUUCAAUGACCAGUCCAUUGUUUAUUGUCAAUAAUGGCUGCACUUUCCACAAAAGAGAGGAAAGGGUAUCAAAAACAAAUGAUGGGAAGCAUUAUGCAUUCCUUUUUGCUGAACUCUGAAGCACUCAAGGGAUAUCUUUUCUCUGCGUAUUUCUCUCAUUUGGGUUUCUCCCAUUGGUUCCCCUCUUCGCCUCCGAGUCAUUACCCGCCGACUAGUUUGAGAAAGCAACUCCGUCCGAGGUUUCUUCUAGAAGCUGAUUUGGUGAAGACUGAAUACAUCUGAUAGCGCUUCGAGAAACUCGUGCAUCGUUCUUCUGGUCCACGUAAACUAUGAAGCUUGAUACUCUUUUCAAAUUCUCUCACCAAAAUGAAGAUGUUCACGAAGUGUCUGAAGAGAAAUUUGAUGGAGAAACUGAAAAGGAAAGCGAGAAUAUAGUUCUGCUUGAUGUCAGUCAGAAAACGUUGGAUUCGUCACGAACUGAGGUUGAAGAUCAUGACGGGUUCUGGCAAGUGUCGGAGUGUGAUGGCUCGGAUUCUCUAGAUAGUAAUACAGCAGAUAGCAAAAUCAUGGAAGUUAAGGACUAUGAGGCUUUGAAUGGUCAUUCUUAUGAAGAUCCCGGACACAUCAAGGAGAAGAUGGAUCAUCUUUCCGAUAAAAUCGCCAGUGAACUUGAGGUCCCUGAUCUGGUCAUUUGCUACAGAGAGAACUCUUACCUCGAUAUAAAGGACAUUUGCAUCGAUGAGAACAUGCCCUCCUGUGAGAAGAUCUUGUUCGAAACAGAUGUGGAAAAGGAGGAUCUCCACACGUUGCUGCUUUUAGAGAAAGACAGAAGUAGCAAUUUAAUGACCAAAACCACAGAAGUUGGCGCUCCAAUGCCAGAUUAUUCGAAGAGUUGUGAAGAUCAGGACCACAAGAAUUCGUUUAAUCAGGAUGGCUCGGAGGAUAUCCUGCAGGCAUAUGUAAAAGUGCAAGAAGUUGCUGAGGAUGUCUUGAUAGGUCAAACAUUGUCUAAGGAUCAAAUGUCAGCCUCAGAGCUCAAUCAACAAGAACUAUCUGCUGGAGAUUUAUGCCAUAAAAAUACGCAAAUGCCCACUGAAGAACCAAGCAUGGAAUCGAUCUUGAGCGUGCCCGCCCGGACUCCUGCAGAUGAAGGAAGGGCCAGUUUCUCGAAUGCUGAAGAAUCUCACAACAGCAUUAUCCCAAAUCAUGAAGAAGCAAUCUCGACAAGUUCUGAUGAAUCCAAUAAUGCUAGCCCUGUAAGUGGUUCAUCCAAUUGCAGUGAUCGAAAGGACUAUGGGAAUCAAGAGAAUCAAGUUUCAAAUCAGAGUAUUACGAAAGUUCCUGAUAGUCGGGCAGGUUCAUUCCGAGAUCAGUACAGUGUCGGAGAGGCGAGUUUCUCUAUGGUAGGCCCCGUCUCCGGGCUUAUAACUUACUCGGGCCCGAUUGCUUUUUCGGGAAGCCUUUCUCUUAGGUCUGACAGCAGCACAACCAGCACCAGAUCCUUUGCCUUCCCCGUAUUGCAGUCGGAGUGGCAUAGUAGCCCCGUGAGAAUGGCAAAAGCCGACCGGAGGCAUUUUCGGAAACAGAGAGGGUGGAGGCAGGGGCUUCUCUGUUGUAGAUUCUGAAAUCUAAUAUGAUUUAGAUUAAAACUAUUCACAGAAACCUUUCGCCAUCUUAAGAAAUACAGAAUUCUUGGUUCAUUUGUUUCUACUUUGGCUUCUGGGGGGUAUAGUCAAAAGUUUAAUGUCCGGCGUGUACAGUUUCUACUUCGAGUUAUGGUAUCGCAUGCGAGGAAUGAGAAAUUUCUUAUAGGAUUCAACUUA